AUGUGUGUAACUUUCACAGGUGUGUCCUGGGCUCAGCGAGAGGUGACCAUGCAGCAGGGUCCCCUGUACCGUACCGUGGGCUCCCACAUCACAAUCUGGUGCGGUGUCAGUGGAUACCAAGGCCCAUCUCAGCAGAACUUUCUGUGGUCCAUAUACCUGCCUUCUGCCCCUGAACAGGAGGUGCAGAUUGUGAGUACAAAAGAUCCUGGCUUCUCUUACGCAAUCUACUCCCAGCGGGUGAGCAGUGGGAACAUCUACGUGGAGCGAGUGACCGGUGACCACGCUCUGUUACACAUCAGCCAGUUGGAAGAGCGAGAUGCUGGAGAGUAUGAAUGUCACACACCCAAUACAGACCCAACGUAUCAUGGGAGUUACAGCGCUAAGAUGUACCUGAGCGUGAUUCCUGACACUCUGAAAGUCACAAUGGCUUCUCAGGAGCUGAGGAAGACACAAGGGGACAAUAUGGAGCUGACGUGCAAUGUCUCUAAGGUUUCUGCUCAGCACACACAUGUCUCAGUCACUUGGCUCUAUAGAGAAGGCACACAAAUACUGACACUAUCCAGAGACUUUGUGCUUCAACCUGGUCCUAAGUAUGCAGAGCGGUUCUCCAGGGGUGAUAUACGUCUGGACAAGUUAGAGGACACUAUGUACAAACUGAGCAUGAGGGGUCUUCAGGACACAGACCAGGGUGAUGUCAUCUGCCAGGCAUCAGAAUGGAUACAAGAUCCUGAUGGAAUAUGGACAGCGAUCACAACAAAACAAUCUGACACGACUAAUGUUAUUGUAUCAGCAGUCAGCGGACAAGAUUUUGAUGUUGAUAUAAAUGUCCCAAAAGUCCCUAUCACCCCUGGCAGUCCGCUAGAGCUCAGUUGCUCUAUUAGUCUUUCAAAUCCAGAUGGUAAGGCCUUCCAAGUUACGUGGCUGCUCAACAAUGCAAUCCUGGGAAUAUGGUAUCCAUCUGGGAUUUCCCGCUUUAAUAAGCAGCACCGGACACUGAAAGUCCCAGAGCAGGUGGUGAUUGGUAGGAGUAGCUUAGUCACCUGGUACCUAAGGAUCAAUCAAGCACAGCCAGAAGAUGCAGGUCAUUAUGUGUGUGAAGUCCUGGAGGACAAAGGGCUACUGGGGACCACAAAGAAGAAACGUUCCAGCUCGGUGCCUGUGACAGUGACACAAACAGAACUAAAGGUCAGACUCAGUGCUGAUGUGUCACAAGUGUAUGAAGGGGACUCCGUGAGUCUCUUGUGUGAGGCAACGAGCUUCACAGGAUCAGUUUCACUUAUUUGGUACAAACUUGGAUCCUUGGGUCAGAGGAUGGAGAUGGCCUCUAUACAACGGGAAGGAGAGUUGACCCUGAGAGAUGGCUAUAACCAGCAUCUACAGGCAAACAAGUUGGCACAAGGCAGCUUCUCAGUGAAGAUCAGCAGAAUGACCGGCACAGCGCGGUAUGGCUGCCAAGUCACCAGCUGGUUACAAGAAGUAUAUGGCAGCUGGAGGAAUGUGACCACCCACAGCAGUGACAUAGAAAUCAGUGUCAUUUCCCUGGGUUCCUCUCUAACCACUACUCUGAGUAUUCGUAACCCAAAAGUGGUGAUCGGGGACUCUGUGAGACUCAUCUGUAAAGCGUCUGCCAGUUACAGGUUGGCACACAGAACCCUCUUCUGGACCUGGUACUUUUUGCCUCAUUCAGAUUCUACUGGGUCUUACAGACAAAUGGUUCACAUGUCUCAGAAUGGCAGCAUGUCCUGGGGAGAGAAGGUACCCAUCUUCCAGGGUAACUCCCAAUUGCAGGUGUCUGAAAACACUACUGAACUGAGGAUAUAUCGUGUCCAGAAAAUGCAGGCUGGUUCCUUUAGCUGUACCAUUGGCAUCAUAGAUAAAGAAACAGGAGACCUGCAAGCUUCAUCGUCCUCUAAUAAGGUGAUGAUACAGGUCAGAGUACCAGACAGCAAGCUGAUGGUAGACACGACAGCUAGAGACAUGGAGGUGAGCAUUGGGCAGGACCAGAUCACUAUUCCCUGUAACAUCCUGACAAUGACCCCUGGGUCAGUCCCCAGCAUCACUUGGUUUAUUCAUAAGUCACCUGCCACCUCCAAACUGGAGAUCCUCAAUGUGUCCAGAGACGGCAUGGUAGCCCACAGCUCUGCAUUCUGGCCCCCCUCACACAUGUCAAGGUUCCACAGUGAGAAGAAUUUAUGGAACUCCUACCUCCUGCACAUUCUGCGACCAGACCCCAGCUUGACCGGCUCAUUCCAUUGUGCAGUGCAGGAGUGGCUGCAAGAGGAGGGAGGGAAAUGGACCCAACUAGGGGAAAAGAAUUCUGGCGUCACUACAGUAGCAUUUAGACUGUCAGUGUUAACCAUUGUAUCUGCUGUGCCCUCAUCUGCAAUCACCUGGAGACUGCUGACUGCCCUCUCUGCUAGCCAAGGUUAA